CGGAGGUUUUCCUGCUAUUACAAUUGCUCCUGGUAUUAAGCUUGGGCAACUUCUUUAUCUAUUUAGUACUUCUUAUAUGACAGUUGAAUACUUAAAACAAAUGGCAGUUUUUGGUCAACUCAUGCAAGGAGAUAUGGGUGUUGAAGAGUUCUCCACUCGAAUCAAAAAGGAUAAUCAGGAAAAUAUCACAAGAGCCUUAGCUGAAGUGGAAAAAUUUACACUUUCUCAAAGAAAUGCACCAUCUUCUCUUCCUGCUUUUCCGGCAGCCAACCCCUACAUAGAUACUAACAAAUCAGGAAUAACAAAAACUAAAAUCUCUACUAUUAAAUCCUUGCAAGAGACUAUAUCUCGAGCAACUAAAACUCUAAAUAAUAGUAAAAAAUCAUCUAAGAAGAGAGCAGAAGAUACUGCUAUUAAUCACUUUUUGAGUGACUUACUAAGAAAAAAUCUAGUUAAAUACCUUGCCGAUAAAUAUGAUCAUGAUUCUAUAGAAGAUAUUUCAGAUAGUUUAGCAGGAUUAACAUUAAAUAGUGUCAUAAAAACUGCUAUAGAAUCUCAAAGCAAUACUUCUCCAAUUACUAAGGUU